GUCCAUGUGCAGGUGUGUGAAUCAGAAGGUGUAUGUGCAGGUACACUGAUGCUCUGGUGACCCUGAUGCCUCUGGUGCUCGGUCUCCAUGACCAGCUGAAGACAGCGGCGAGGGACGGGGACAUGGAGAGCUCACAUGGUAUCUGUCGUAUCGCUGUUGCUAUGGGGGAAACACACUCCAGGGUUUUGUUGGAACAGGUGGAGCACUGGCAGGAGUAUCUGGCUCUGGUGAACAUGAUUCUGUUCUGUACCGGCAUCCCAGGGUACUACCCGGUCAGUGAGACCACCAGCUCCCUGACGCUCACCUUCUGGUACACUCUGCAGGAUGACAUCUUGUCAUUUGAUGAGGAGAAGCAGGCAGUUUACCUGCAGGUCUACAGGCCAGUUUACUUCCAACUGGUGGAUGUGCUGCUACAUAAAUCCCACUAUCCCUCCCAGGAGGAGUACGCCUCCUGGUCCUCUGACGACAAGGAGCAGUUCAGAAUUUACAGAGUUGACAUUUCCGACACAUUGAUGUAUGUGUAUGAAAUGCUGGGGGCGGAGCUGCUCAGUAACCUGUACGACAGGCUGGGCAGACAACUGAUGGACCCCCAACUGUCAGCAGUGUGGCAGGACACAGAGGCCCUGUUAUUUGGCUUCCAGUCCAUCGCUGAGACCAUAGACGUGAACUACUCAGACGUUAUCCCAGGUCUUAUUGGUCUCAUCCCCAGAAUCAACAUCAGCAAUGUAAUGCUGGCUGACACCGUCAUGUACGCCAUAGGAUCUCUGGCUGAGUGGCUGGCAGAUCACCCCGUGAUGUUGGGUGGCAUAUUACCCAUGGUGCUUCAGGGCCUUGUGAAGCCAGAGCUGUCUGUGUCCAGUGUGUCCACUCUGAAGAGGAUCUGCAGGGAGUGCAGACAUGACCUCAGCCCCUACGCCCAGGACGUCCUGACCGUCUCACAGGAUGUACUCGUAAAAGAAAUCCAUAAGAGCAGCCAGUGCAUGUGGUUGAUGCAGGCUCUGGGUUUCCUCCUGUCCGCCCUGCCUGUAGACGAGAUUCUGGGCAGACUUCACUCUCUCAUCACCCCUCACGUCCAGCGGCUGGACACACUGGCCCAGCAGGAGCCGGACCCCACUAACAAACAGGCUAUCGUCCACAUCCUGGGGAUGCUGUCAAGCCUCUUCACCACUCUGGACAUCAGAGACUCAGACAGCUCAGAGUCCGCCUCCAGCCAGAGACCCUCCACCCCUCAGAGCACCCCCAAUCCAGUAGUUGUUGUUCUGCAGCAAGUGUUCACAUUGAUCCAAACCAUCCUCAGCAAGUGGCUUGAUGACUCAGAAGUAGUAGAGGCAGUGUGUGGGGUCUUCGAUAAGUCGGUCCGAACUCUCCUACAUGAUUUUGGGCCAAUGGUGGCUCAUCUGAGCGAGAUGCUGGGGCAGAUCUACAGCGCCUACCCACAAUCCUCAGCUCUGGACCUUGCCCGGCAGAUGGUUCACAUAUUCUCCGGAGAGGAACAACACCUCUGUACCAUCAGGGGCCUCAUAGAGGUGUUGACAUCUGUGACACUUCAUUUAUUUCAGCAAGGUCCACGGAAUCAUCCUGACAUCGCAGAAUCAUUUAUGAACCUUCACGCUCAGAUUCUUAAGAGGAAGCCUGAACUCUACCUGUCUGAGCAGCUCGAUGUUAAAGGGCUGUUUUACUGCGGGAUUCUAACACUUAAGUUUCCAGAGACACCCACAGUAAAAGCUGCCGCUCAAUUCUUUACGGAGCUGUUGCCUCGCUGUAAGGACAUGCCCUCCCUCGGGGAAGUGUUGCAGAGGGACGGACAGCUUCUGACAGAGACCAUACUCCAGGCGGUAGGAGGCGAGUCCUCCCGCAGUCUGACGGAGCAUUUCUCCGAGGUGUUGUUGAGUCUGAACCGACACUGCCCGGCUCUGCUGGCUCAGUGGCUGAAGGAAAGUCUACAGAGCCCAGGGUUCCCCUCUGCACACGUCUCCUCAGAGCAGAAGCACAGCUUCAGCCAGCAGCUACUGCGGGAGCAAACCAACAAGCGACGCGUUAAGGAGAUCGUGAAGGAGUUUUCUCUCCUCUGUCGGGGUCUGCAGGGGGCCGGAUAAUCCCAUAGAUAGACUGAGCUCGGAGCACUGCGCUCGGGAAGAAACAUCCGGAAUCUGCUUCACUGGUAAAUGGUGCCAAAUUGGACCGUUUGGGGACGAUGGACAACAUAUCCAUAAUACUUGGAUUGAACCAAAGCAAAAACAGAGAUUGAAUGGACGAUUAUUCGGAUAAAAGGAGCUCUGUGCAACAUGUUUUUAUUACAAGACUCUUGUAAAAAAGUGUCCCAUCUCCGCUCUCCGUAACAAACAACAAUAAACAGUUCAUUCUUUGCAUCUGCAUGAG